GCGCGUCUGGCGCUCUCCCGCUCUCGCUCACGCCCGCUCGCCCACCCGCUUGCUCACGGAAAAAGCUGAUGAACGCUGGAAAGCCCGACAGAAGCAUUCCGAACUCGGGCCCCGUGCAGUUUUAUUUAAUCAGUUUGAAAAGACGCGUUGUUUGGUCAACGCCGGCCGUCGGCUCUGCAAAACAGCAAGCGAGACAAAAAGAAACAAAUUUUUUUUCCCAAGUCCUACGCGAGUGAUCCCCCCGCCCCCCUCAAGCCACAGAUCCCCCACUAAAUUGUGCACAAAUAGACCUGUUUCAUGGCCUAAACAACCGCCCAUAAUGGUUUUGGAGACCUUCGAGGGUGAUAGCAAAAAGUUCUUCAUCCACAACAACAACUCGACCGCCAGCCGAAAUAUCAACAACAACAAAAACGACAGCAACAGCAACAGCAAUCACAGUAGUAAGGAGGCGGAAGAGUCCGUCAGAGGCAGCAGUACCGCUCACAGGAAUUCCAAUCAGCAUCUGCCAACCGGUUCCCCGUCCACUUCUGGUGUCGGUUCCAGUUCCAGUUGCGGCAUGCCCUCCGAGGGCCUCCACCCGACGGCCGCCCUGCAGCUGUACGCUGCCGCCGCACAACUGGCGCCCGGCGGCGUCCGUGUCCCGCCCUGGGGUCCUUUUUUGCAGUUCGGUGUGCCCGGCGUUUUCGGCCCAAACGGACCCUUCCUGGGGCGCCCCCGAUUCGAUGCUGCCGCAGGCGGUCACCCAAGCAACGCCGCCGCUGCCGCGGCCGCAACGCAAAUGGCGGCGGUGAACGCCAGCAACGCGUUUGCCAACCUAACGGGACUAAGUGCGGCGGCCCUGCGGAACGUGAGCGCCGCUCAGACGACGGCGGUGGCGGCGGUCGCCAGCACGGUGGCCACGAUUCAGCACCGCCUGAUGAUCGGCAACCGGCAGAGCCUGCCGCCGGCGGGUCCGCCCAGUGAAGGAUCUAACGAGGAUGGAGGUUUUCCCGGCGACGGCGACGACGACAGCAGUGCGGCGAAGCGCCGGCGAUCUCGUACCAACUUCAACUCCUGGCAGCUGGAGGAGCUGGAAAGGGCCUUCUCCGCCAGCCAUUACCCGGACAUUUUCAUGCGGGAGGCUCUGGCCAUGCGUCUGGACCUCAAGGAGUCGCGAGUUGCGGUAUGGUUCCAGAAUCGAAGAGCCAAAGUCCGUAAGCGGGAGCACACGAAGAAGGGACCCGGCCGCCCCGCCCACAACGCCCAGCCGCAAACCUGCAGCGGCGAGCCGAUUCCGCCCAACGAGCUUAAGGCCAAAGAACGAGCCCGUCGCCGGAAGAAGCUGGCCAAGGCCAUCGACCGACAGGCCCGGAAGCUGCAGGCCAAGGGCAUCACUGUGGACCUGGAGGCCCUGAAGGCCGAGUACAUAUCCCAGCACAAGGCGAACGGCACCUUCUCCGACUCGGACCUCGAGGACGACGGCAUCCAGAUCGACGUGGUCGGCGGCACGGACAGUGACGACGAGGGCGACAGCGACGCCGUGAGUCCCGUCCGGCUAGCGGUGGGGGGGGGCACCGGAUGCGGUGGCUCCUCCCAGCAGAACUCCUCGAUCCACUGUGGCAUGGACGGCGACGGGGAGAGCUCGCGGGCGGGCAGCUUUGUCGGCGGGGGAGGCAGCCUGGGCAGCCCCAGUUCGGUGGCCGCGCCCCCGAUGCUCUCGAACGGGACUGUGGGCGGUGGCUCCCUGUUCGGCAAGCUGGAGCCGAUGGACGGCAACGAGUCGGAGGAGCGGGAGCGGGAGCACUCGCCGAAGCCGCUGCUCUUUCCCGCCAAGGCCUUCCACCAGCUGAACCUGCAGAGCGGCCAGCCGCACCACGGGCUGGUGGUGGGUCAGGGUCAGGGUCAGGGGCAGGGCCACCACCUCCACCCGCAGCAGCACAACCUCCACCACUCCGGCGGCGCUUCCGCCUCGGCGGCGGCGGCGGCGGUGGCCAACCUGGUCCACCAGACAUCCCCCAUCAGUAUGCGCCGGAGCAACCCCUUCAGCAUCGAGUCACUGCUGUUCAACAACACGUGAGGCAUCCCAGUGAGGACCCUAGGACACUGUGCUCAAUCCUCUCCAGCUUCGUUUCCUCGGUUCAGAGCUUGAAUACUUCCUAAGUGAUUUAUUUAUUCGAAUAUAUUUGUAAUGUUCCCUUUUUUGUUUUGGUGUAGACCCCGUUUCGAGGGAGAGACUUAAUUAGUGUUGUAAAUGAAUUUAUUAUUUUUACUUCGUAUUAUAUAGACAAUGCGAAUAUAGCAAUGCUUGAAACAUAAAUAAUAUAAUAUAACUACGUAAUACUUUAUCAACUAAGGACAUUUUUUUUUCAAACAGUGCGUUUGUGAGAGUGCAGUGUGUGUGUGUGUGUGUGUGUGUUUGCGUGAGACUGUGUAAAAAUGUAAUUUAAUUUAGCGAAACAAAACGAUAACGAAAACGAAAAAGAAAAAGAAAGACAAAGAACAGGACGAAGACGAAGACGAAGAAAAACACAAAGAAUUGCAUAGAAAUCAACAAGUUAAGUAAGCGGAAUUUUUUUUUUGUGGCAAAAGGCAGGCUAGUAUAUUACAAAUAUAAGAAACCCCACACAAUAUUACGUAUAGACAUGCAAAGAACGGCAAAACGGCUGCUAAAAAUUAUAUUGUAUCUGAAACUGAUUGUCAAACAAGAAUAAAUGCGAAUCUGUAAAGAGAGAAAAACCACAUAAACAACAAAUUACGAUUAUUAUUUCCCCUUUUGAUUUCGAGGCGAGCUUAAGCACAAUAAAUAAAACGAAUGCGCAGGCCCCCCAA